UUUACCGCCAACGGUAUUUGCUAACCUAACCAAGCUAAAGACAAUAAAAAUUGAAAAGAAUGAGAUAAAGGAGCUGCAUCCUCAACAGUUUCGGGGACUGGUAAAGCUGUUUGACCUCUAUCUAUCGGGGAACAAACUCAGAUACUUCCCACAAGGAAUUUUUAAAGGCUUAAAAGAGCUUUUGAUUAUAGAAAUUGUUGAAAACGAAAUGACUCAUGUCUCCAUCGACAACUUCAAAGAAAUUAAACAGUUAAAAAUUCUGUAUAUGCAGUAUAACAAGAUGAGAGAGAUUCCAUAUGGUUUUUUCGAUAUGUUGAAGGAUAUACAACGAGUGAGUCUCGACACAAAUCUGAUGUGUUGUCAUAUGCACAAGGAGGACGCUGACUGUGCUUUCACGUACAACGACGACUUUGCCAACUGUGAGAGCAUGUUUAAGAAUUCUGCCCCAAGGAAGAGUAUCUGGGUGAUAGGAGUAUUUUCUCUGGUUGGUGCAGUGUUUGUUGUCACUUGGCGAGUGAUCUUUAAAGAAAAGAACGUGGUUCAGUCCAUCAUGUUGCUCCACUUAGCAGUGUCCGAUGGUUUGAUGGGUAUUUACCUGAUCUCUCUUGGCACUAAAGAUCUGUUGUGGAGAGGAGAGUAUUACUUGCAUGACUUCCAGUGGAGGUCUGGUUUGUCUUGUCAAAUAAUUGGAGCGAUCUCCCUUCUGUCAAGUGAGGUUUCGGUUAUGAUGAUGACACUGAUAUCUGCUGAUCGGCUUAAAAAUAUUGUGUUUCCUUACCAAGGUGCUUCUCUGAAACCAAAGGCAACACAUAUCCUGUGCAUCAUCAUAUGGGCAAUUGGCUUCCUUAUGGCCUUUUUGCCUAUGUUUGGUAUUCAGUAUUUUGAAGACCCAUUCAGGUACCAUAGUUACUAUGGUAGAAGUGUGGUAUGUCUGCCCUUGCAGCUUACUUCUGAUAAGCCGGCAGGUUGGGAGUAUUCUGUUGCUAUCUUUCUCGCUUUGAAUUUUGCUUUUUUCUUGUUCAUCAUGGGUGCUUAUCUCAUGAUACUAGUCAAGUCUUACUUGUCUAGCCGGCGACUGGCCCGUCAGGGUACUGAAAGAGAGAUCCAGGCCAGAAGAGCAAACUUUAGGAGGGAAACGGCUCUUGCAAGGCGGGUGUUCUUCAUCAUCCUGAGUGAUUGUGUGUGCUGGAUGCCGGUGAUAGUGAUUGGUAUGAGGACCAUCAUCGAGAAGUCUUACGAAGCGCAAGGAGACCUCGCUGUCUGGAUCGCUGUAUUUGCCCUUCCGAUCAACUCGGCCUUGAAUCCUAUCCUGUACACCUUGUCAACAGAACAGGUGCGUUAA